AACAUCAAGAGGCAAGGCAAAACAUAAGGGCGACCCAAUUUUGAGUGUUAGACCCAACGCCCGCGUAGUAAGAUGGCGUCUGCUUUCGGCAGAUAUAACCCGCCUCCUUUCCGCAUCCCAUCUACAGGGCAGCCUGCUAGGCCCGACCCGCCACCGGUGCUUGAAGCGCAGGCAGACCACGCAGAAAAACUAACAGGCAACAUCGCUUUAUUGUUCAACAAUACAAAUUAUUCGGAUGCUAAGAUCGAUAUUCACGACGUGAUACUCCCUGUGCACAAGUCAAUUGUCUGCAUCCAAAGCGAUUAUUUUGCAAAGGCUUUUCGACAGGAGUUCGUUGAGGGAGACACAGGAGUCAUUAAGUUUAGACAGGGUGAUGGGGCCGCGUACUGGAGGGUUUUUGAGUAUUUGUACACGGGCGACUAUGCGGAAAAGUUGUCGACAGAGAAAUUCGCAGUAAUAGACAACGAUGCGCUACUUAUCGAACCUUGCGUCUACGCGCUUGCCGACAUGUUCUUUUUGGAAGAUUUGAAGGCGCUAUGUGUGCUCAAGCUACGGACGAAGUUGAAGGAGCUUUGGACUAGCGACGAAUUUCCAGCGUGCAUUCAGAAAGUAUAUGCAUCUACCUCUGAUACCAAUUGCGAGAUGCGAUUCGCUGUGCUUGAGUCGGCUACGACACAUGCGCAUGAUUUGAGCGCGAAGGAGGGCUUCAGAAACCUUCUUCGAGAGGGUGGCGAUUUUACUGUUGAAUAUGUAAAUGCUCUCAAUAGAAAGCACGCAAGAUAGAUCGGAAAAGUAUAUGUGUUCCGAUUGAUCACAAGCUCUAUGAAGCGAUCAUGCGUGUAAGCUUAGAACCACGGCGUCUGCAUUA